UUUCGAAGAGCAAAAAAUGUGGAUUUUUGGGAGAAAAGGGGCAUCUGGGUUUUCAGUUUCUUCAACAGCUGAAGAUGUCACUGCUGGAAUCGAUGGAACUGGUCUUACCGCCAUUGUUACAGGAGCUACAAGCGGUAUUGGCACCGAGACGGCACGAGUCCUAGCGAUGCAUGGUGUACAUGUAGUUUUGGCGGUAAGAAAUACCGAAAAAGGUAGAAAAGUUAAAGAAACUAUACUUAACGAAACUCCUAAUGCUAAACUUGAUGUAAUGGAGUUAGAUCUUAGCUCUCUGGCAUCUGUACGGACUUUUGCAGCCGAAUUCGUUUCCUCGGGUCUUCCGUUGAAUAUUCUCAUUAACAAUGCAGGGGUUAUGGCUCCGCCAUUCACGCUUUCGGAAGACAAGAUCGAACUACAAUUUGCAACUAACCAUUUAGGUCAUUUUCUUUUGACACAACUUUUACUCGAAACCAUGAAACGUACUUCACACGAACAGAAGAAAGAAGGAAGGAUAGUCAACGUAUCAUCGGAAGCUCAUCGAUUUGCAUACAAAGGAAUUUAUUUCGAUAAUUUAAAUGAUGAAUCGAGUUAUAGCCCCAUGUACGCGUAUGGACAAUCAAAGCUAGCCAACAUACUCCAUGCUAACGAGCUAACGAGACGCUUCAAGGAAAAUGGGGCGAACUUAACUGCAAACGCGCUUCAUCCGGGAUCAAUUGCAACGAAUCUUCUACGUUAUCACAGCUUUGUUGACGGUGUGGUCGAUUGGGUCGGCAAAUACUUCUUGAAGAACAUUCCACAGGGGGCGGCAACUACGUGCUACGUGGCGUUGCACCCACAAGUUAACGGGAUUAGCGGCAAAUACUUCAUGGACAGUAACGUAGCCCAGCCGAAUUCGUAUGCCGAAGAUGCCGAUCUGGCUAAAGAAUUGUGGGAUAUCAGCCUCACCAUGGCUGCUCCAUAACAAACAUUUGAACAAGACUGGUUCGAUUAAUAUCCGGUGUUAGAGAUGUUGCUAUUUACCAAGCCCCUCUUACUGGUCCGUGUUACUAAUCGAGAUGUUGACUUGGCAAGUCAAGGGGUUGUUUAAUUGGUUUUCCAUUAAGUCUUGUAUGGAUAAAGUUGUCUGUGUAAAUUGGGAAGGUUUUUUGUUUGGGUAGUUUUCUUGUAGAUGGAAGGAACAUGUUUU